AUGUGGUUCCUGGAGUUCAACGAGUGUCCUUGUCUCUCUACAAAGCUCCUCAUUUUUGGAAUGAGCCCGAGCAACAAUACGCUCCCCCGAGCGAGCCAAGCUGACCGAAGCAAUCUCCAAACUGAAAAAAUCGCUUCCCGCAACCAUCUCUUUACCUCAAAACGCAAUUCCAUCAUCAAACAACUGAACCCCUCUGCCUACAAAGAGGUCAUCGCGGAAUGGCAGCCAGCAAAUGAGCAGGAUAUCAAGAAGGCGAUCGAAGUCGCGUUGAAUGCACGGGAAUCCUGGCAAGAAAGAACGCUGGAGGACAGAGCUGCUAUUUUCCUUCGCGCUGCGGAGCUAGUUUCAACCAAGUACCGCUAUGAGAUUAUUGCCGCCACUAUGCUCGGCCAGGGAAAGAACAUCUGGCAAGGUGAAAUUGACGCGGGAGCGGAAAUUUGUGGCCUACUCCGAUGGUAUGUUCAAUGCGCAUUUGAAUUACACGCCCAGCAACCACACGAAAGUCAUCCUGGUAAUUGGAACAGACAGGAAUAUCGACCAUUGGAGGGAUUUGUUUACUCAAUCUCGCCAUUCAACUUCACUGCUUUGGGAGCGAAUCUCGCCUUCGGCCCUGCCCUGAUGGGAAACACUGUGAUCUGGAAGCCUUCCAAUUCUGCACUCCACGCCAGCUGGCUUUUAUACAAAGUGAUGAUUGAGGCUGGAAUGCCACCAGAUGUUGUUCAGUGGGUUCCUGGCGAUCCUGAAAUGGGCCUUCUGGCUAAGGUCGGAGAAAACACGGGCAAGAACCUUUAUCGUCAGUACCCUCGUAUGGUUGCCGAGACAGGAGGUAAGUACUUCCACUUGGUCCACAAGAGCGCAAGUAUCGACAAUGCAGUCAACCAAACCAUUCGAGGUGCCUUCGAGUACCAGGGACAAAAGUGCUCUGCUACAUCUCGGGUGUAUGCUCCAGAGUUAGUCUGGCCUGAGUUCAAGGAGAAAAUUGUUGAACGAACAAAAAAUCCGAAGGUCGGGAAUCCUGAGCAAUAUGACAAUUUUUUUAACUCUGUGAUUCACGAAGCGUCCUUUGACAAGCUAGACAAUGUCAUUCAGAGUGCCAAGUCUGACCCUAAGGUGGAGCUUCUUGUGGGUGGUGAAUCUUCUAAGAAAGAAGGGUUCUUAAUACACCCUACUCUCAGUGCGAAACGACGGAAGACCCAUGAAAGUUAUAAUUGGCUUUGA